CUAUAGGAAGCAUCCAUACCCCCUCAGUACUCACUCUCGACAUUAAUGCGCGUUUCCAUACACGUAUCUACUGCAAAGUUAUCAAUGUACAAGUUGAAUUUCAUUCAAAAGUAAUAUUUUUCCAAAUUUCCUUUUUCUUUUUGGAGUGCGUAAUAGUGCGAAUGGAGAUGCUACUUAAAUUUUCUUUAGUGCUCUUUUAUAUAGCGUUUCAGCAAGUAUUGGCGACAGAUCCAAACGAACUUCACGAAAUCCCUCAAGACAAACAAUUGAACCAGCAGAAAAGACGACUCUCACUGCAAAACACAGGUAAGUGAAUGCUUCUAUGUAUUUCUACUGCCUCAAACCUCUAUAUCUAAAACAUAAUGCGUAUUAUACCUUCAGCAGGUAAGGUCUAAUACAUUCCCUGCUUGAAUUCUGUCACGUUGUCAUUAAAUGCUCCGCAAAAUGCCAUUGUGAUUUUGGCUCAGGUUUUAUUGGGUAAUUUACUCUCGUGGAAUAGGCUAUUUCAAUGUGGAUUAAACCGUUUUUACAACAUUGUGACCCCGAAAUUACCUGUGGUCGAAAUGUGGUUUUGUCAUAGUCUCUUCCUACGCAGGUACGCAGUGAUCUCUAGUUCUGUCACUUCACUGUAAUUCCAUACGCCUAGUGGCCAGCUCUUAUCCAAGCACAUUCCCGUUCAAAUGCCAACACAAGCUCUGACAGUAAGCUGUUUUUACCCCCGGCGCAAGCACACACCAGCGGGAAUAUGUUGACAACAACAACUUAGAAAUUGUAACAUUGUUAGGAUACAGUUGACAUGCAAAUAAUCUAUCCGAAUAUUUUAUUUGCGUUUUAUAGGACCUAUAAGCAGUUUUGCUAAAAAACAUAAAUGUCAAGAUAUUAGGGUAUGUGUAGACUACAAAUGCAUGAUUCGAUUUUUUGUUUCUUUCUAACAAACUAUAGGAUACUGUAGACUUUUCAAAAAGCCAUCAGAAACUUGAAUAUUUGAUCGUUUGCGAUUGGGUUAAUCUUAAAAAGCGCACGUUGCCAUUUGUGCGCAAUUACGCACAAAUGCAUUGAAUGGAAGCCCAUAAUGUUUUAUUUCUCGAUCAAAGCUGUUAUGACACUGUAUUAGCAAUGAAAUGUAUUAAUGUACUUGCAUUUUUGAAUCCCCUACGUUUAUGUAAUCACCCAAUGCAAUGCCACAUGGCGUCAGGCACUCGGGAAUGCGCAAAACUCGUAAAUUAUGGUCCCAGCAUUCCAUCUGCCUAGUCAUCAACACUGGUCUAAACCUAUUACAAUUUCUUCAUCAUUUUUAAAAGCUAUUUGCUUAAUUGGCUACUAAGGAUCACAGAUAUAAUUUUUUUUUUAAAUCUAUACUGUAAUUGGCUGAUCAUUCUUUAUUGAAAAAGCAUCAGUAAUAUUUAGGGGACUUUGGCACCACCACAUUGGCACCAGAUCGACUGCUGCAUUAUUAUUAAAAAGCUACUGUUCGCCCUCUGAAGAGACCACUAACAUGCUGCCCUCCCUCAUGUAUUCCUCAUGUUAACUAACAUGUUCUCUCCCUCAUCAUCAGCGGAGAUCCAGCACUGUCUGGUUAAUGCUGGAGAUGUGGGCUGUGGCAUGUUCGAAUGCUUCAACAACAACUCCUGUGAAAUACAAGGCCUACAUGACAUCUGUAUGACAUUUCUGCACAACGCCGGCAAGUUUGACUCCCAGGUAUAUCCCACUUCUUCCAAACCUCCCAACUACCCUCCUGGAUUGUGAGUGACUCAGGAGUGUGCUUCUAUCGUAGAGGGUCAAAGAAAGUGACAGUAUCUCCAUGCCACAAAUACUCUGCAUGCUCUAAUGUACAUCCUUUAUGUAACUGUAUAAACGUGUAGUAUGCUAUGCUUAUUAGUUGUAGCACAACACAAUUUGGAAAUUGCCACCUCAGACGUAUGAGAUGAUGUAGGGCUGUGACGAUUAUGGAAUUUUGGGUAACAAAUAAUUGUCAUGCAAAUUGCCACGGUUAUUGUCAUAAUUGCUGAAAAGUGUUUUGAGCAUAAUGCAUCUUUGAAAAUUAGCUACAACAUACCUAGCAUUGGGCCAGUAACCAAAAGUUUGCUGGUUUGAAUUGCUGAGCCAGCAAGGUGGAAAAAUCUGCUGUUCUGCCCUUGAGCAUGGCAGUUAACCCCCAACAACAAAUGCUCCCUGGGCGCCGAUGAUGUGGACGUCGCAACCUCCCGCACCUCUCUGAUUCAGAGGGGUUAAAUGCGAAAGACACAUUUCUGUUGAAUGCAUUCAGUUGUGCAACUGACUAGGUAUCCCCUUCCCCUUUCCCCCUUUCCCAAUACAGAUUUGGGGACACCAGUCUCAAAAACAAAUAGUUUUGACCACUUGGAACUUUCGGAAAUUAAGCUUCUCUCUAAAAUAAAUGUAAGAGGAUUAAGACGAUUAUACGUUUUUUAGCUCAUGGUUAUUGUCCAGAAUUGUCAGUUAUACAAUUAUUGUGCCAGCCCUAAGGUGACGUGUCAACUGUUGUUAUGUUGAACUCUGAAGGGGAAGUCCUUCAUCAAGGAUGCCCUGAAGUGCAUGGCCCACGGCCUGAGGCACCGGUUCAGCUGUGUGAGCAGGAAGUGCCUGGCGGUGAACGAGAUGGUGUUCCAGCUGCAGAGAGAGUGCUACGUCAAACACAACCUUUGUUCCGCUGUCAGGGAGAACGUCAACGUCAUGGUGGAGAUGAUCCACUUCCAGGACCUCUUCCCCAAAGGGUGAGCGUGAGAGGCCUUUUUCCAUUUCAUACUAAACCCAUUCAGUGUAGUACGUUUCAAUGGUCCAGAGUCCACAUGAUCCGAAUUCAAUUACUGUAGUAGUCUACAUUCAGAAAUAUAAUUGUUCCUCCUCCACUUCGUCUUCCUAUGUCAGGCCUCAUGUGGAGCUAGUGAACAUCCUGCUGGGCUGUGGUGAGGAGGUGAGGACGGCCAUAGCACGGAGAGUGAGGAUGCAGUGUGAGCAGAACUGGGGGGCCCUGUGUGGCAGCCUGAGCCUGUGCUCCCUGGGCCGCUCAGAUGACCCCCAAUACUUCACCGUCCCUCCCGCCACUGAACAGGAGCAACCCAGAACAGGCCAGUUAGGAGACAGGGGGAGCCUUCACCCCUCUGUGAGUCUCAGUCAGAAUCCCCUGGACAACGCCACAGACCCUGGGCUUGCUGUGCCCAGUCAAGCACCCAAUACCGCCAUCCAGGGGUGAAACAGAGUGCAAGGUCCCUAGCCUGUACACACUCAACAGCGCAUCCCCUAACCUCUGACCCCCUUUCCCCUCAAACAACCCUACUAAUGACGGCCUCCGUGUUACAAACAAGGAAGAGUAAUGACCCUGUACCAUGCUUCUCCAUUCCUACUCUCCUAAAUGGUAAAGGUGACAGGGUAUGUUUGGUAAAAUGUAGAUUUGAGGCCUUGUUUUUCAGUAGUAGUUCCUUUUGAUUGUUUUAAUUACAAGUGAAAUGCAAAAUGUAUUUUUAAAUAACAUUUAUUUCAUUUGAUUCCUUUUAAAAGUAAAUCAUGGGUAUAUCCAAUUUACAGUAUAUGAACAUUUUAUACAGAACCAGGUAUCAAUAUUAGUUCAGUAAAUAUUUUUAAGAGGGCUUGUCACAGCAAGGACUCUUGGAACUGGUUGGAAGUUGUUGUUUCCCAUUUCUUCCCAAGAUUGUGACUGCAAUAUUCUAGUUUUAGCUAGACACUAACUUGGUAGUACACAAUCUGAAUGUAUUGAGACAGUGCGCUAUCGAUUUUCUAGUUAUUAUGAUUUAUAAUUUUAAAAAAUAGAUUUUAAAGAGACAGUUUCCUAAUACACUUAAUUAAACCCACAUCUUGGAUGGCUGACUCUCCAGGUCCUAUUUUCUAGGUAUCCAGAAGAUGAGGUAAAUAUAAGUAAACUGUCUCUAUUAUGUUACUAUGCUAUACAGCUUUACAUUCUGUCAACUAGUUUCAAUACUGCAUUUGCUUUACCUAUUUAUACUACGAUCGCUACUGUAAAAAAGCUUGUAUAGAGCUUAGAGUGCUUAUGCAAGCUCUCAAUGUUUCUGCGGAAACAUUUAUUUUAUUUGCAGUACAAAAGUGAACUGCACAAGGAUUAUUUACAUUUGUAUGUCUAAGACAGGCUUAAGGUCUCUCAACUCGCCAAUGGCACAUCAACUCUGCAAAGAGAAGUCCAUCACUGGCCCAUAUGAUGCAUUGUGCGUGAUUACUAAUCACAAGUAACAACUUGGCUAACCAGUGGCCUUCUACCACAAUCAGGAAAGCUCAUAAAAAAAAUCUCACAACCAUAAACUCUGAAACGUGGUUAUGCAUGUUCACUCAAAGGCAAACAUCAGGAAACCUCAGGUGUCAUAACAAAACAAUGAGACCCAACAAAACGUAUUAGUUAUAUAGAAUAUUGUUGUGAGUCUUAGACUAUUCUCACUAACUGAGGCCUUCCCAUAAUAUGUAUCAGAUAUGGUCUACUGCAAUGUAUUUUUCAACUACAAGGUUGUUGUUUUUUCACAGGAUGACCACAGAAUGUCUUGUCAGAAACAUUUUCCACUCUGACAGUUGAACGUUUCACUAGCUUUUGAUGCAAAUAGCUAGCUACAGUACAUCAUGAUUGCUUGUUCUAACCUCAUCAUUAGUACUCCCAAGGAACCUACCUCACCCCUCACCAUCCAUGCCGGCUCUAGAGAUGUUUUAUACUGGAUGCAUUCAGAGGACAUUGAACUGGUAUGAAUACAACUGACAUUCAGCUAUCUCACACAUUCAUUUUUCCACUCGUUUUGUACAGUUGGCUUGUAUGAUGUGGAUUUUCUUUAGUAUUUCCAGUUGUGCAUGUGUAAGAUGAGCAUCAACUGCCCUCAUCAACUUCUGUGUCAGUACUAUCACCUACAUGUAAUCAAGUGGAUGACUGCAUUCACAUAAAGACUCUUAUAACCUACCGGAAAAUGAAGGUCUGUACUUGAAAACAGCAACUUAUUUCUUACGAAGUUUGUUUGUACUCUGAUUCAAUGUCUGUGUUUUAAGUAUUUAAAACGUUUUUUUGUAUUUAUUUUGACUGCUUUUCUUAAGCUAUGCAUUACAUUAUAUUAUUGGCUUUUUGUUACCCAUUUGUGGGUUAGGGUUAGGCCUUGAUACAAGCAAACUACCAUUUUAUACAAAUCACUUGUUUCAUUUGAGUUAUUUUGUACUUUUGGACAUUAAACAUUUCAGAUACUUUGUUGCAAUUUUAAAUGAAUGACAAUGCAUUGCAAUCAUUUUAUAAGCACAUUGUUGAAUAAAAAAAAAAUGCUACUA